CUCGACUGUGAGGUCGCUUUAAGAGAUGUGUGAGCUCCUCUCAGGACGCCUCCUGGCUUCUCCUCCAAAAAACUCCCACCUGCUGCGAGGCGCUGCGCUUCAAGUCCACCAAGAGGCGAGACGUCGGCAGAAAAUGAAGACAGCAGAAAACACUGGUGAAGAUUAAUGAUGAAAGAAUGCAUUAAAACAAUCUACAUAUUCUUCAUGAAAUAAUUACAACAGACCUGCCACAACAUCUUAGAACAGUUCAACCUGAGCUAAUGAAAAGAGCCGUAAUGGAGAUGCAGCACAGCACAAAUUACAACCAAGCAUCGAAGAUACUGUGGGACCUGAGCGAAGACUGCGCCCUGUCAGUGGGCGGCACUACGUUCCUGAUCGUUGCGUACAGUGCGGUCAUUGCAGUGGGUCUCAUCGGGAACUCGUGCCUGGUGUUUGUCAUUACGCGGCACAAGGAGAUGCACAAUGUCACCAACAUCCUCAUUGCCAACUUGUCGUGUUCUGACAUCCUCAUGUGUGUUGUAUGUGUGCCCGUUACUAUAAUCUACACACUGAUGGGCCGCUGGAUUCUGGGAGAGGCUCUCUGUAAGAUCACCCCCUUCGUUCAGUGCAUUUCAGUUACAGUUUCCAUCUUCUCCCUUGUUCUCAUUGCCAUGGAACGCUACCAGCUCAUCAUCCACCCUACAGGAUGGAAGCCUGUGGUCAACCAGUCCUAUUUGGCUGUGGCCAUCACCUGGCUGGUGGCCUGCCUGAUUUCCACACCUUUCCUUGCAUUCAGUGUCAUUAAUUCGCCUUUCCAGAACAUAAGCAUUCCUUUCGCAGUUGGUGACCACCUGGUUUGCAUGGAGGACUGGCCAACAGUCGCCAUCCGGCGAGUUUACACCACCUCUCUGCUCAUCUUCCAGUUCUUCCUUCCCCUCAUCCUCAUCAUGGUCUGUUAUCUCCACAUCUACCUGCGCCUCAGGAGAAGGAAAGACAUCAUGGACCGCACCAGUCAUAAGAAAAACAAAGGGUCCACACGGAUCAAUGCCAUGUUAAUCUCCAUAGUGGUGGCAUUCGCUCUCUGCUGGCUUCCUCUCAACGUCUUCAACACAGUGUUUGACUGGAACUAUGAGGCCAUUCCAGCCUGCGAGCAUGACAUGAUCUUCUCUUUCUGCACCUUCGGCUAUGGCUCCACAUGUGUCAACCCCAUCAUCUAUGGUUUCCUCAACAGCAAUUUCCAGAAACAGCUCAAGGCCACACUGUCCCGCUGCCGCUGCUGGGGGAUGACGGAGAGGUACGAGAGCUUCCCGCUCUCUGUCGUCAGCACAGAGGCCACCAAGGGCUCAAUCCUGAGCAAUGGAUCUAUCAGCAACAACACUUAACCUUUCAGCAAGAAAAAUAAACUCCCAGAACCAUUUCUAGGCGUCAUUCUGUCAACCUCUGGAGUCCUUCUUGAUACAUUGUGUGUAAAAGCACAGUUGACAUUUAGAAAAAUGAUAAAACUCACAACAGUUGUCCAGAGGGAGCUUGAUGAAAACAUCGAUGCAGCGAGGUGCGGUGUCCUUGAUUCCUCACAAUCUGGAGGAAAGAGAUAACAAGAAAACAGAGCAAAGGAAGGACAGGUUUCAAAAUUAGCACAAGAAACACUUGACGUGAACAUUUUUGGAGCCGUGGCCUGUAAGAUAAAUUCCCACCAUGCUGUGGUCAUAUAUGAAUGACAGAAAUGCUUUUUAAAGAAUAUAUCUAUUUUAUUUUCAUUCUAAAGCAAUGCAUCCACACAGACUCACAUUUGCAAGAAUAUCAGCUGCUUUGAAUUUGCUUUUCACACGUCUAAUUGCUGAAAUUGCAAACAAUCACACCACUAUGUUGCACUGAACAGACUGCAAGGGCGAGCGUUCCUCUCAGAGGCAGUUCAGCUUGGUGAUAAAUGAUAAGCUCAUUUAUUCAUGACUGUAGACACAUUAUAACAUUGUUAGCAAUCAAGGAUGUGAGUGUUGUGUUUACACUUGACAGCUGUUUUGUUGGUGAGAAACCCGUUUUGAAAAACUUGUGUAGGUAGGAAUGACUUGGGCAGC